AUGGAAAAAGUAGUGGAGGAAGCGGAAUUGAGGGUUAAAAUGGCACAACUUAGAGAUGUACCCUUACCCACCUCCAACACUUCAAGUCAAGGAGGUUCAAGUAGUGGUUUGGGUAUGAGUUCAAAUUGGUGUAGUGACUCAAAGAAGAGGAAGGGUAAUCCUAUUGAGAAAGCAUUUAACAAUAAUCUUAGAGAGCAAUUAGAUGGUGAGAUUGCAAGAAUGUUUUACACGGGUGGCUUGUCAUUUCAAUUUUCAAGGAAUCCUCAUUAUGUGAAUGCCUUUAGAAUUGCUUGUAGUAAAACACUUCCGGGUUACCAACCCCCCGGUUACAAUAUGUUGAGAACUACACUUCUCCAAAAAGAGAAGAAUAACAUUGAGGAGUGUUUGCAACCAAUGAAGAGGGCAAUAAAUUGUGAAGGUGAGUGUAAGGAUAAAUUUUUCAUGGCGAACUUGCUUAUUGAAUCAAUCCGGGAAAUAGGUCCUCAAAAUGUGGUCCAAGUGGUCACCGAUAAUGCUCCGGUUUGUAAGGCGGCCGGACAUAUUGUUGAGGCAAAGUUUAAGCACAUCUUUUGGACACCAUGUGUGGUUCAUACUCUCAAUCUUGCUUUGAAGAACAUAUGCUCACCCGUGCCAAGAAAUCCGGAAGUGUAUGAGCAAUGUAGUUGGAUUUCAACAAUCUCAAGUGAUGCAUGGUUUAUUAAGAAUUUUAUUAUGAACCAUAAUAUGAGGUUGUCAAUGUAUAAUGAUCAUUGUAAGUUGAAGUUGCUCUCCGUUGCCGAGACACGUUUUGCUUCUACAAUUGUGAUGCUUAGAAGAUUUAAGCAAGUGAAACAAGGCUUAGAGCAAAUGGUUAUUAGUGAGCAAUGGGACAUUUAUAAAGAGGAUGAUGUGGUAAAAGCAAGAACGGUGAAGGAAAAAAUAUUGGAUGAGUGCUUUUGGGAGGACAUUGAUUACAUACUUAACUUUACUUCUCCAAUAUAUGAGAUGCUUAGGUUGAGUGACACGGAUAUGCCUUGUCUUCACUUGAUUUAUGAGUGGUGGGAUAGUAUGAUAGAAAAAGUGAAGACAAUUAUAUAUCGAAAGGAGCGCAAGCAACUCAAUGAAGAGUCAAUGUUCUUCAAUGUGGUGCAUGAAAUUUUGGUGGACCGAUGGACCAAGAGUAGCACACCACUCCAUUGCUUCGCACACUCUCUAAAUCCUAAGUAUUAUUGCAAGGAAUGGCUUGAUAUGGCUCAUAAUCGUUGUCCUCCACAUAAAGACAUUGAGAUUACAAGGGAGAGGAAGCAAUGUAUUGAGAGAUUCUUUUCUAAUGAGGUGGAGAGAAGAGCGGUUAAUGAGGAGUAUGCCUCUUUUUCGGCAUGUAUUGAAGAUUUUUCGGGUAUGGACUCUAUGAAAGAUAGAGGUUUCAUGGCUCCGGUAAAAUGGUGGGUUAUCCAUGGAGCUUCCACACCAAAACUUCAAACCAUAGCAUUGAAGCUACUUGGACAUCCUUCUUCCUCCUCAUGUUGUGAAAGAAAUUGGAGCACUUACAACUUCAUUCAUUCUAUUAAGAGGAACAAGAUAACACCGGAAAGAGCGGAAGAUUUAGUAUUUGUGCAUAGCAAUCUUCGUCUCCUUUCAAGGAAAAGGCCCGAAUAUAAAGAAGGGGAAACUCAUAUGUGGGAUGUUGGAGGCGAUGCAUUUGAUUCCAUGGAUUUGGAAAAUGCCGGAGUGCUUGAGAUUGCAAACCUCUCUCUUGAUGAACCGGACUUAGAAGGCAUCAUAUUUACCCAUGAUGAAUGA